AUGAUCACCAUGACAUCACAGAGGAAAUUUUUGUGUACACUUUUUCUCUUCUUUCAAACGACUUUAUUGCUAGUCAAGGCCGGAGAAUGGCUAGGUAAGUAUCCGCUUCACUGUAAUCUAUAUUUUUUGUAUUUUACUACAAAAAAACAUUUUUUUAGAGCCCCGGCUCGAGUUCUCUCCUCAAACGGAGCGAGGCUACUCCCGCUUCACGAAUGACCUCACUUCCGCCGAAACUGAGGUAUUCUUGGAAGUGGUGAGUAACGAGCACGGAAAGGCCGACAAAAUGGUUCAUGAAGCCGUUGUGGAGCCGAGGAUUGUGAAGAAAAUCAUGCGAUUACAGACCGAGAAUUUCAGGAGGCAAGGGAUGAGUGAACGACUCAUUUCAUUGUAUAUGGAGGUAAAUACGUUUGUUUUUUUAAAUGAAUUAGUAUUAUAUAUGGAUAAUAUGUAACCGUCUUAAUAAAGAAUCAGAUAGACUCAAAGAAAAAUGUUUCAGAUGGUCCGCCAAGGCUCUGGGCUUCUGCAUAUGCGCUAUCCUCAGACCUGGCGAGAGCAGGCCGUGUGGGAGCAAUCGAUGAAGAAGAUCUACGACAAAUUCGACCGUCUUUCCGUGACAGAACGAGCCUUCGUUCAAUGGCAAAACCCGGAUUGGUAUGCCCUGAUCAUCAAGAGGAAGCCCGUGCCGUUGUUCCGAGCUCGUCGAAGGAGUAAGGGCAGGGAGGCCCAUCGAAAAGCCAGACCAUAG